GGCAUUUAAGCAAGAUCCAGGCAGUGAGCUGGAAGCAAAGAUCACAUAAAGGCAUUUAAGGACAUCUAUCAAACUGAUUGGCGUCCUAAUUUAACGAGGGAAAGCAGCUGUGGACCCCGUUGAGCCUUACUCUACCUAAAUGUCUGAAUACAUCAAGUACAAAGGAACACUUUUCCCACAACUCUCCACUACCCUGAAGGACCUCAACUUUCUGGAAAAUGAAUUCCUGAUUCGGGACGACGAUAUAUUCAAUAUUACUUAUCCUAAAUCAGGUACCACCUGGGUCACAGAAAUUUUAAGCAUCAUACAUACCAAUGGAGACCCAACAUGGUGCAAUACUGUUCCCAACUGGGACAGGAUACCUUGGUUAGAAUCCCCAGAUGUGGCUGAAAAAUUGCAGGAAAACCAGAGCCAGCAACGGCUUAUCACCAGCCAUUUGGCAAAACACCUUUUUUGCAAAUCAUUCUUUGGUUCAAAAGCUAAGGUUAUCUAUACAGCCAGGAACCCGAAAGAUGUUCUAGUCUCACUUUAUUAUUUUGCAAAAAUGAGUGUUUUCUACGAGGAUCCAGAAAGUUUUGACGCCCUUUUUAAACAGUUUAUAACAGGCAAAUUGCCAUAUGGUUCAUGGUUUGACCAUGUUAGGGGAUGGAUGGAGAUGACAGGGAAAGAUAACUUCUUCUUUAACACCUAUGAAGAUCUUCAGAGGGAUUUGAGGGGCAGCGUUAUAAGGAUCUCUAAAUUCCUAGGAAAGUCGUUUGAUGAUGCGGUUAUCGACUCCAUUGUCGAAAAUGUCACAUUCAAUACUAUGAAGAAAAACAACAUGGCUAAUUUCACUAUGUUAUCUAGCACAUACAUGGAUCAAGAAAAGAGUCCAUUUUUGAGAAAAGGAGUCACUGGAGAUUGGAAGAACCAUUUCACUGUGGCUCAGAGCGAGUAUUUUGAUCAAGUCUACAAAGAGAAAAUGCAAGACCUUUGCGUGAAAUUUCCUUGGGAUAACAACUGAUUGAAAUAAUACUUUUAAAAAAAACUUUUUAAGCCGUUUCAGUUUGUCAAAACUUUUCUUCUAGAUAGAGGCAUGCCGUUACGUGCUUAUACAUUCAUGAUCAAUGCACAAUGAAUUUACAGUGAUAUUAAAAGUUGGUAUUAUAGAAAUUAAAUAUAUAUAAACAUUCACAUUUAUUUUACUAUUUCAU